GGGGAGGGGGGUGAUGUAAUAAGCGAGCGCCAUCUCCUGCAUAAUUGAGGGGUUUCACUUUAUAUACUGACAGACAGUCCAUGCCUUAUUAGUGACGGGGCUCUAUCUGGGGGAAAGGUAAAUGGGCAGAGCUAGCAUGGAAGCCUCUGGAAUGUUCUCAAAGAUUCCUAGAGGGGCAUGGUCAGAGGCGGGGCUUAGCCUCAGAAAAGGGAAUAUAAGCGGGGAGUAACGGACGGUUUGAGUUCGGUUGUUGAAGAUCGAAGAUGACCUCCCCGUCGCUGCUGCCCAUCUCCACCAGCCACGUGGCGGCUCGACCACCAGCCGCUCAGCCGCUCCCCAGCGCGCCGCCAGCCAGCGGUGCGGUGAUCAGGGUGAGCGCCAUAUGGCGCGGGGCAGCGCAGUCACGCCAAGAAAGGAACAGCGCCAUCCGCAUAACGAGAGGAGUCGUGGCUGUGAAGAACCUUUAAUAAAUAAAGUUAUGCCGUGUCGGAGCCACUUAUUACAUUUAGAAACAACAGAAUAAUAAAUGCUGCUGCUAUUAGCCACUCCCAUUUGGCCAUGUGGCUGAUGGGAUGUGUAAAUGUUAUCUAUUUACAUGUAGGUUGAAAUUUACCCAUAGUUCUACAUCCAGAAUCAAAUUUACCCAGAACACCAACACACAGCUCAGUGCCUGAUGACUAUUUUAAGAGCAAACUGCAUAUUUGAGCCCCCUAGGAGGACCUGAAUUAAUAUCACAAGUCACCACGUGUGUCAUCGUCAAUGCCCUGUACAGAUACAUUUGUAGCAGGAUGAUAUUUUGGGCAAUGCCCCUUUCUUAACAGCAAAUAGAGGGCAGAAGAUUAGACUGACCUGAAGUUAUAUAUCACAAUUUAUACUUUGGGGUCCUGAAAACGAUGGGAUUCAUAUAUAUUUAAAGUUGACAAAAGGGUUGUUUUGAUUUUAAAUUGGAGCAGUCAUAUUGGUAAACAUUGAGUAGCAACCGCGAGGUCGGACAGGAAUACCUAGCUUGUUGACCAUUUUUAUGAACAGUGAUGCUAGCAUUUAAAGCCAUUAUGAAAAGCAACAAAUUGCAAUGCACUUUUAGCCGUUCCCAGCACAACUUUUGACUCCUUGUUAACGUAAUUUAAGUUAUUGUCUGCUUUUUAGUCUACAUAACAAGCAAACUAUAGCAUAACUUGCUACAUUUCCAUCUUAGCUAAUCAGUGAAUUCAAUCGUUUUUACUUUGUGGUAAUUUGCAGAAUACUAACUUGUGUUGCCAUCAUAAACUACAGCAGCAUUUUUUUUUUUAACGAGGAGCCACAAUCAGGCACCCUUACCAGACAUACAACGCAGCACAAACAGCGGAAUGGGUUGAUUGAAAUACUCCUGACCAACCAGCUUUCCUACAUGAAGGAGGCCUUAAAAUAAAAUUCAUACUUAAUUAAUACUUAGGGGUCCGCGAACCACACGUCAGAUAUCCUCGAUCUAUUGUAUAUGGAACGUCAUUGAGUGAGAUGUUUAUUGACAUUUUCUUCAUUCCAGAUUGGAAGUGACGCAUUCAACUGUCAUGAUGGCCGGAUACAACAGAGAGCCUGGUUACGGACCACCGUCAUACACAAACUCACACCGUCCUUCAACACAGUUGGUCACAGCAUUCCCUGCUGGGUCAUCAGGGCAGCCUGCUGGCUACGCCCGCUCCAUUAGAUCAGGGCGGGGGCCAAACUACAACCGGUCCCAGUCCGUGGUGUCAGGAGUGGCUCGUUCCAUGUACUCACGACGUGGCUCAGGAUACCCACAGUCUGUUGUUUCAGUAAAGAGUGGUGGCUACCCCCAGUCAGUUUUGUCUGGAACGGUACCUCCUGGAUCCUUCUAUGUUGGGAGUGAGUAUCCUGAGGAUAUAAUCGACUUCAAGUCAUGGCGCUCUCCUCCACGCCUUGUACGGAUCUUCCACAUCCUGGUCUUAAUUCUCAGCGCUGGAAUUUUUGCAUGCGUGGCCUCCACGCUGCCUUGGGAUGUCAACUACGCAAUUGGGGGUAACAUUGGGGGUAACUACCCAUUGUAUGGACAAUCUAACUAUGGCCAUUUCGGCAUGUACCACAUGUUCGCUUUUGCCAGAGGGGCCCAGGGAUUCAUGAUGGCCAUGGCAGCUAUCAUCCUCUUAAUAGUGGGCAUUUUGUUCCUUCUCAGUCUAUCAAAAUCUCAAAGCAUGAGAAGUCAGAAGUUCUACUUGACCAUUAUCAUCGUAAAUUCAUUUCUUGCCAUCUUGGAUUUGAUUGCCACGAUAGUCUACACCGUCGCUGUCAACCCCUCGACUCAAACCGCAGGCUCGUCAAGCUACCACCAAGUUAUUUCGUUGUGCAGGGCUUACUAUGUGCCUGCUGCCACAGGCCUCUACAUCGACCCAUUCCUCUACCACUUCUGUAUCAUGGACCCUCAGGAGGCAGUCGCAGUCGCUUGUGGAUUCGUCUCCAUGAUCUUUCUCAUCGUCGCCUCUGUCUACGCUUUCAAGACGCGCAGUAAAAUGUGGAAGUAUGGCAAGGAUUUCAUAGCAUGGGACAACGAUUAUGGGAAAAACAUUGAAAAAUGGAUGAGUCAAAUGGACCUGGAAGCCCAGGGGAUGUCGGAGUCUCCCGUGGGCUCCGAGGGAUCCAGCUACGGCGAUGGCGCCACGUUCACCAGCGAGGCGCAAGUGAGCUACGUCCCCCGGACUGCCUCCCGCGGCAACAUCUUCGGCACCGCCGAUGCCCGGCCGUGGGAGGGUAGAGAGCGAGCAUCCAGCCGGGGAAUGUACGAUGCUGACCAGGCUGGGUCUGAAAGCCCGGGCGACGGACAGAGUGCAACUCUGGAGGUCACGGGAAAGCAAGCCAUUAAGAGAGCUCAGCAGAAGAGGAAAACCCAGCGGAUUCAAAGAUAUGGAACGGAGGCAUCUCUGUAUGAGACCGACUACACCACAGAGCCCGAGUCCAGCCCAGAGGAAGAGAAUGAGUUAAUGAGGCUCUACCCCAGCAUUGCUUCGAGCACCACGAGGCAGAGCUACAGGCAGCAGUUUGAGAGUGACAUGAGCGAGUACCGCAGCCUGCACGCCGAGCUCAGGGGCAUCUCGCAGAGGCUCGAGCAGCUCAACGCUGAGCUGGACAGACUCCCGGAGGACAGCGCACAAUACCAGAAUGUUGCUGAAGAAUACAACAAGAUAAAGGACGUUAAGCGGGGCCAGCAAUACCAAGAGAAGAAGCGUCUCUGCCGGGAGCUGAAGGUGCGGCUCUCACACAUCAAGCGAGCUGUGGAGGCCUAUGACCUGCAGCAGCAGCAGGCACUGUGAGCCUCCCUUGCACAUGGGAGGCCAUGGAGUAGCUGGAGAGAGUUUUGUAGCCGAGCUGUGCAGUUCAGAUGACAUUUUUGUUAAAGUUACUCUAAUAAAAAACAUCUGAAGGAAGCAUUGAUUAGCAAUUAACAUAUUCCCUUUAAUAGAUAACAUUAUAACGAUAAUUAAUGUCAAGGGAAAAACAUAGGUAUGCUGUAAAUGUAUAAAGAAUAAUGCAUUGAAACCCUCAUUGACACAGUGCAAGCGCUUGUACGAGGUGGAAUCAGUUGUGAAACAAAUUUCCAAGAUUAUUAUAUGAACAGUUUUCAAGGUCAUAUAUCACACUAAAAUAUAUAGGGACAUCUCUCCCACCUGGACCCUUUGUUUCUCCAUUUCACAUUCAUUUUGCCGAAAGGUUCCUUAUAUUAGCAGCUCCCAGUGAGGCCUGGAAACCAUCAUACGAUGUUAUUGCAGUUGUGAUUACAUUAGUUGAAUCUUCCCUGUUAUUAAUUGCUUUCAAAUGUAAUUUUGGAAGAAAAUAUGUUGAUAUGGAAAAAGGUGAGACUGCUAGCAGAGGGAAAUAUAAUCACUUCAUACUUAUAUACACUCACAGACUGCACUCUUGGCAUGUGUAUGUAUAGUCUACAUAUGCAUAUACUGUACACUCUUCGAAGACAAAAGUCCCACUGUUUCUGGGGUCAGCUGCUCAGAUUUUCUUUCUCUCAGAGCUUCUAUUCUGUUUCUUCUCUAUCCGCAUCCUUCCAUCUUGCCCUCAGUGUCUCUCUAUUUUACUCCCUCUAUUUUACUCCCUCUGCACUGAUGGCAUUUCCAAAGCCCCUCUAAUCUGAGUCGAUGUUAGUCUUUGAGUCUCUGUGCAAGUUUAUGGGUCUCUAAUCUCCAUGGUCCUUCCAAUUGCACCUUUGUGUUUACUCAACACAUGCUCAAACAGAGUUUCACCUCCCUCACCUUUUAUAGAAUAUUACCAACCCUUGCCAAGACUAUAUCCUCUUCAUUCCACCUCCUUUCCCUGAAAAAUAUUCAGCAUGCUCAUCUCUGACGUGUCAAGCAGUGUCUCGUUGCUUUCUUAGUGUAUAUACAUGCCCUCGUACCAUACAACUGGACCUAUAUAUUUUCACUUUCAGUUCCCGAAACCUCUCUCCGUUUAUACCAUCAUGCCCCAACUGUUUUGCCAUCUGCCCCAGAAUGUUGUGUGAUAACCCACACAAAGAACCUGGGUGGGCCAGACAUGCAAGCCUACACUGGCAACCAAACUAAGAAGACACCGUUAAUCAAAGAAUAAUACCGGCCUCCAUGCAGAAAUACAAAUAACUUAAUGCGAAGCAUGGGCAACUCGUGACCUCAAUUCUCAACAUGCAACUCCAGACGCCAAAAAUUAGUACAUGCAAUGCACAUCAUUGUAUGUUAACUCCAGA